GAGAGACGGAGAAUCACCAUGGAUGAGUUCAGAUGGAUUCACAUUUCUGUCAUUCUGACAGCGCUGCUUCACUUUACAGUGAGUGUAAAUCACCAUUUCUUCACUAUCAAACAAGGAGAAGACGUGACUUUGCCUUGUGAGAAGGUGAUCGACCAUCAGCAGAUAUGUGGCGGUACUAAAUGGCUCUUUAGUAAUUCAACAAAAAGAGGAGCAGAGCAGCUCAGUAAACAUAUACAGGUUAAUAAAAAAGCUGGAGCUAAAUCAGACAGACUGAGUGUUAGAGAGGAUUGUUCUCUGGUGAUGAAGAAGGUCACACAAGAGGAUGCUGGGCGUUAUGUCUGUAGAAAGGACAAAUGGGGACAAGAAGGAGAUACUCUGAGUCAUCUGUCCGUCAUCAACAUUACUGAACAUACAGACCACAGUUAUCUGUCAGUCACCUGUGAUGUGAGGACAUAUGGAGGUUGUAGACACACAGUGAAGUGGUUUAACGAGGGUUCAGACCAGGAUGAGAAUAAUCAACAUGUACAAACAUCACAGUCUGACUCUGGAUGCCGUGCCACCACCCAAAUCCCAAAAGCUCAUGCAUCCAGAGAUAUCUUAUUGGAGUGUGAAGUCAUAGAACGGGACACUGGAAGAGUUCAGUAUUUCCCCUUCAGUCAUCAGACAACAGCAGCAGCAACCACACCGUCUACCCUCUACUACAAUGCCAGAGAUGGAGAUGACGUCUCAUUGUCUUGUCUAAAUGUGAUAAAAGAUCAACAGAACUGUGACAGUGCUGCAUGGAUCUUCAAUAGACACAGAUCGGCAACAACAGUAGAGCUGGUCAGACUUGGACAGAUUACUGAAAACUCUGGAGACAGCCUGAGUGUUAGAGAGGACUGUUCUCUGGUUAUAAAGACGGUCAGAGUGGAGGAUGCUGGUCUUUAUUACUGUCGACAGUUCAAAUCAGGCAGACUACUAGCUCCAGAUGCUCCUGUUGAUCUGUCUGUUAUUUCCAUGACUGAGAAUGUGGACAGAGAUGAGGUGACAGUAACCUGCUCUGCAUCACCAUAUAACCAAUGUAUACACUCUCUGAGGUGGCUGUAUGAGGGUAAAGAUGUGAGAGAACAUUAUCAAGGUGUGAGGAUAUCAGAGAGUCACUGCUACUUCACCUCUGUGAUCUUCAAGACUUCUGAGCCAAAACCAAACUCUCUGGAUUGUGAAGUUACUGCUGAUAACAAAGUGGAGCUCUUUACCCUCAGACUUCAGCCCUCAGCUGAGAAACCAGGUGAGGACACAAAAAAUAACCCCGAGGAAACAACAACACCAGCAACAACAUCACAAACAACAACACAAGCAGCAAAAACAAAAACAGCAGCAACAAUGACACCAACAGGACCGACUGAAAAGACCAUAGCAGCAGGAUCAGAUACAACUGCAGUUGGUUGGGAGUGGUUGUACAUCAUUUUGCCUGUGUUGGUUGUAAUUGUGCUUGUGGUAACUGCUGUGAUAGUCAUCAGAAGGAAGAGAACCAAAGAGAACAACCCACAGAGGAAUGGCGAUGCUGUGGAUCCUGAGGAAGGUGUCAUGUACGCCUCCAUCAAGUACACCAAGAAGAAAAAGAAGGGAGGAAAGGUUUGCUUUGAAAAAGAUGCAGAUGAAGGCGGUGAGGUGACCUACUCCACUCUGAAAGCUUCCUCUGUUGAUUCCAGGAACCUCUACGCAUCCGUCAAGAAACCAAAGAAGCCGAGAGCUUAGCUUAUCUCCUACAGAGCUUUGUGGUCUCAUUUUCAGGGAGGAUUGCUGAGAUGAGAUUUUAUUCAGAAGGAGGUUUAGUGUGCGAAUGAGUGUCACAGCAUAGGAAGGUGAAGUAGGAACUCAACAUUGUUUUAUUUUUGUACUUCUUUUUAUUUCAUGUUUGGUUGUGCAGUACGUUAAAUAGUCAAUGGCAGAGCAAAAGUAUGAUUUCUUUUAUGGAUCAAUGAUUCUCAACUGGUCUAGCCUCAUGACUCACCACCAUCUCCUGAAUUAAUGAGAAAGCACAACCCAAAUAUACAAAAAUUUACAACCAUUCAAAUGUCUUUAAAAAAGUUUUGCUUUGGACUUUUUGUGGUGGUAGUUUAAAUUUUCUUUGUUUUUUUUUUCCAGAGGAAAAAAACACAACCAGGAUAAUAAGAUUCAUAGGUCAAGAGCUUAAGAGAAUAACUACAACAAGCUCCUUAUUACAUCAAAGCAAAGUGAAUAAAAUAUGUUAGUUUAUGUCCAUACAUCAUAGACUUUUUUCAGAUAUGGGGGCUUUUUAUGGCUCUGGUCUGAAUGAUGGGAUGGGGGCUGAGGUGGUGAGUGGAGACAACGACCCGUCACUGUCUGAGGAGUGGGGGAAAGAUAAGGUGAUUCUAAUUUCACAUUUUGGUAUCUUUCCUUCCUCCAUUCAUGUGGUUUCCUCGUGUUGUAGCUCCAACCAGCCAGGGAUUGAAAGAGAGAUGAGAGAGAGGAGGUACAACUUAGAAAAUGGGAAAUCCUUGGGUCAUGACAGGACUCUUGAUCCACGUCUUCUACUGAAGAUGUUGGCACAGCUGUAUUAUCUGGCAAAGCCACUCUCUGAUACUACCUGCAUGACUUUGGUGUAUUAAUUGUUAAAAUGACAUCCAACAAUUGUAAAUAAUUGAAUAUCAGCAGCUUGUACUUUUGAGUUACUACUGUUUUCCCACCUUGGUAUGUUUUAUGUUGUAAUUGGCCUUAGAAAUGUUUUUUAAAUGUUUCUUAUUCCUCUGUCAUGUUUGUUUGGAUUUUCUGUGAUGCA